AUGACUGCACUUUUCAAUGGAUCAAAAGAAAAUAGAAAAUUACAUAUUAAAAGAACACGCUCCCACCUGGGUCUUCCCCAGAACCCGGACAACCCUCAGACAGACCAGGACAACCCGAACCAGGAUCAUGCCUCAGGACCUCUUUUCACACAUGUGAACCCGGAAGAGAACCAAACAAUCAACCCCAAUGAUGCACGAGUCACGAUCGAAGCAAACCAGUACAAGUACACCGAUGUCCCGGUCACCACCCUCCACCUGUCCCAACUCACCAAUGUAGAGUUGGCUGAAGCCAUCCGGCAGUACCAUGAUCGCCGGGAAAGCAACCGCAGACUUGAGGACAUCGGCGAAUCCGAGGACUCCGGGAACAGCCGUCAAUCCCGGGGUUCCGUCUUCGACCGGAUCGGAGACAAAGCCAAGAAAAAGAAACAGAAGGAUAGUGAGGAAACCCGGCUAAGAAUCUUAGCUGAAAGAAAAGAACAGAUCCGAAAAGAGGAAGAGGAAAAACUUGAACAAAAAAUUGCCAUCCGGAUGCAACUCGAAGAAGAGAAAUUGAUAAAAGGAUCCCGGUCCAAGCGCUACCGGAAGGAAACAACACCCGAGCUCAUCUCUGAUGACGAGGAUGAGAGACCGGGGCAAACCAACCUCAGAGACAUGAUCAAUGAACUCAACCGGAAAAUCGGAAAUGAUGCCGGGCUUGAAAUUGGGGGAACCCUAACUCCCUUCAGCCACUCCUUGGAAUCCAUACCCCGACAAAAGGGCAUGAAACACUACAACUUUGAAUCCUUCAAUGGACUGGGAGACCCGGAAGAACACCUGCACUACUUCGAACAGAUAGCCCAGAUCUACUACUACAAUGAUCUGACCAAGUGCCGUUUCUUCGCUUCCACAUUCAAGGGAGGGGCACAGAGAUGGUUCAGCCGGAUCCCCUCCCGGAGCAUCGGGUCCUGGAGAGAUUUCAGGGAAGCCUUCCUCAGAAGGUUUCGAGCAAACAAGACACACGAACUCCAUAUGUGUCACCUGGAAACGGUUCGCCAAUAUGACAAUGAGGCACUCUCGGACUACAUGAAACGUUUCCAGGAAGCAAUCAACAAAAUUUCCAACCUGGAUGAGCGUGAGGCUCUGAGCAUAUUCCGGAGGAACCUGGACCCGGAACAAAAUGAGAGAUACGUGGUCGAAUUGAUCAACAAAGAGCCCCAAAGCCUGGCAGCUGCCUAUGCCAUGGCCGCAAAAUUCAUUAAGGAGACCGAUGUACUCCAAGCAAUGAGGAUGACCCGACAGGGCAGUUCGAAAGGAAAACAAGUCGAAGAUAGACCCCGGAAAGAAUAUCACCAGGACAAAAAAUUCAAACCCGACAGACAGACAAACUUCAUCCAGCAAUCAGGUUCCAAGAGGACCAGCCAACAGGGAUCCGGGUCCAGGAGUGACCCCGGUCCAAACAAAGCAACCAGGGAACCAAAACCAGAGCCCGAAUGGACCCCCCUAAACAGAUCCCGAGAGGACAUACUCAAAGAAAUCAGAGACAAACCCUUCUACUACCCACCAAAACCUAUGCAGACUCCUCCAGAGAGCAGACCUGCUAACAGACAUUGUGACUAUCAUGGCACCCACGGUCACAAAACAGAAAACUGCAUAUCCCUCAAAUAUUUCAUUGAAGAGCAAAUCAGCAAAGGCAACAUGGGGCAAUACAUAGCCCGGAACACAGCAAACAAGGGAGAGGGAUCGGGGAAACAAAAGAACAUUGUCAACGUGGUACUGGGCGGAUCCUGUUCCCCUCCCCCCAGCCCGGACUCCUGUCAAGAAGUCAUGUCCAUCCAGGCCUUCCCUGAACAAGUCAUUUCCUUCAGCAGCAAGGACUUCGAGGGUGUUACCCGGGGUCACAAUCAAGCCUUAGUGGUAACCCUUGACAUGGCCGAAAAUGAAGUGAGGAGGAUCCUGGUAGACAACGGCUCUUCAGCCAACAUUCUGUUCAAACACACCAUGGAUCGGAUGGAACUAGGAAGCAUCCGGAUGAACGACUACAGGGAGGAUCCUUUAUAUGGAUUCGGGAACAGCAUUGUCCCGGUCCUUGGCACACUUUAUCUCCCGGUCCGAUUCGGAACUCUCCCGAACCAAGUCACCCACACCAUCAAAUUCUAUGUGACGGAUACACCCUCCCCUUACAACGUGAUCAUCGGCCGCCCAGGUUUGAACAAGAUCGAAGCUAUUACUUCCAUCCCGCACCUAAAGUUCAAAUUCCCAACCCCGUUCGGGGUAGGAGAAGUCAGAGGAGAUUCGGCAACAGCCGGGGUGUGUUACAGCCAAGCCUUAGUCAUGGCGGAAACACACUUGGACAACAAAAGAAAGACAACGGUCUUCCAAAAGCAGAAAAGCAACAAGAAGCAUCGGCCUUACCAGAAAGCAAACCCCAAAGGUGAAGUCCAGGUCAUCGACCUAGACCCGGGCAGUCAAAGCCUGGGAGCAGCCAAUCCUGGUCCUGGACAAAGCAACCAGAAAGCAAACAUGAGCUCAGCGCAAGAUUUUGUGGAAAAGAACACUGACGCCCGGAUCCAGCAAAUGAUCUCGGCGCAAGAACUAACCAAGGUCGAAGCCGCGGUCGAGACCGAGUCGGUCCUGAUCGAAAAAGACAGCCCGACAAGGAAAGUUAAAAUUGGAAAAGGCCUGGAUACUGUUUUUAAGGAGGAACUCAUCCAACUACUCCGGAGCUAUGCAGAUGUUUUUGCCUGGAGCCCGGACGACAUGCCCGGGUUGGAUGAGUCACUAGCAAUACACAGCCUUGACGUCGAUCCCAAGAAAAAGCCUGUUAAACAAAAACGAAGAAAUUUCGCCCCGGAGAGGCAGAGGGCAAUAGAUGAGGAAGUGGGCAAAUUAAUGAAGGCGGAUAUCAUAUGUGAGAUCAAAUACCCGGAAUGGCUCUCCAACGUAGUCAUGGUUAAGAAAGCAAACGGCAAAUGGAGAAUGUGCGUCGACUACACAGAUCUGAACGCAGCGUGCCCCAAGGACCCUUAUCCUCUGCCAAGCAUUGAUCAGCUGAUUGAUGCUACAUCAGGACACCUGAUGUUAAGCUUUAUGGACGCCUUCUCCGGGUACAACCAGGUUAAGAUGAACCCAGCAGACAUAGCCAAAACAGCUUUCAUAACCCAUCGGGCAGUCUAUGCCUACAAACUUAUGCCUUUCGGGUUAAGAAACGCCGGGUCCACAUACCAGAAAGCAAUGAAUGAAAUUUUCAAAGAUCAACUUGGAAGAAAUUUGGAAUGCUACGUCGACGACAUCAUCUCCAAAUCCACAUCAGUCCCGGGGCACAUUUCAGAUCUCAAAGAAUGUUUUGAGAACAUGAGAAGGACUAAGCUAAAGCUCAACCCAGACAAGUGUACCUUUGGAGUAGAAGCUGGAAAAUUUUUGGGUUUUAUGGUAAGCAACCGGGGUAUCGAAGCCAACCCGGAGAAGAUCAAAGCUGUGCAAGAGAUGCAACCACCUCGGACUCAGAGGGAGGUCCAAAAGCUAGCAGGGUCCUUAGCGGCACUCCGAAGGUUUGUCUCCAAACUUGCUGAAAGAUGUCUACCAUUCUUUGAAUUGCUAAAAGGGGCAAAAAAUCAGAAAUUAGUAGAAUGGAACCCGGACUGCCAAAGAGCCCUUGAUGAAAUCAAAGCUUAUCUGUCCAAACCCCCAAUCCUGACAAAAGCCUUACCCGGAGAACCUCUCUACCUAUACCUGUCUGCCGGUCCCUUGGCCGUCGGGGCAGCCUUGAUCCGGGAGGAAGCCGGGCAACAGAAGCCCGUCUACUAUGUUAGCCAAGUCUUGAAGGAUGCGGAGACCAGAUAUCCCAACUUAGAAAAAUUCGCAUUUGCACUAAUCACCGCAUCCAGGAAACUCAGGCACUACUUUCAAGGAAGAGAAAUCAGGAUUGUCACAGACCAACCUUUGAGGAAAAUCAUUCACAAACCUGACAUCUCCGGGAGACUGGUGAACUGGGCAAUCGAACUUAGCCAGUUCAGCCUAACAUUCCUACCCCGGACAGCAGUCAAAGCCCAGGUCCUGGCAGAUUUCGUGGUAGAAUGCAACUUCCCAGAAAACCAGACAACUCCUAUGGAAACUGAACCGGAAGCCCCGGAAAAGCCUAACCCGGAGUCUUGGAUACUCCACGUUGAUGGAUCCUCAACAACCGAAAGGUCAGGAGCCGGACUCAUCCUAAAGAGCCCGGAUGGAUUCACCAUUAAAACAGCAAUCUCUUUCAACUUUGCAGCAACCAACAAUCAAGCAGAGUAUGAAGCCCUGUUAGCAGGAUUAAGGUUGGUCCGGACCCUGUCAAUCCGGAACCUCACCAUCUACAGUGACUCCCAGAUUGUAGUCAGACAAACUAACGGAGAGUAUCUCGCCAAAGACCCGAUCCUGACAAAGUAUCAAGCCCUGGUAAAAAGUUACCUUACCCUGAUCCCCGGGUACAAAAUUCUACAAAUCAACAGAGAAGAAAAUUCGGAAGCAGAUAACCUCUCCAGACUUGUCCAGAACUCAGCUGACUUGGAAAGCUCGGUUUAUUUUGAAGAGCUGCAUAAACCAACAAUCGAGCACGAAGAAGUUUUUGAAAUCAAUGACAACCCUACCUGGAUGACUCCCGUGAUCAACUACAUAGAGAAGGGAGAGCUACCCGAAGACAAAGGAAAAGCCCAAAGACUGAAAGCUAAGGCGGCCAAGUUUUUCGUAGAAAACGGGAUCCUAUUCCGUAGAACUUACUCAGCCCCGAUCCUAAAAUGCAUCGGCCCGGAAGAAUCUGAGUACUGCUUGAGGGAAGUCCACGAAGGGAUCUGUGGAGAUCACAUGUCGGCAAAAGGCCUGGCAUAUAAAAUCAUCCGGCAAGGCUACUACUGGCCAACUAUACACCAAGAUGCUAUGGAAUUUGUGAAAAGAUGCAAGAACUGUCAGUUGUUCAGCAACGUGCCCUGGGUAAGCCCUGUCCUACCUUACUCAGUUUUAUCCCCGAUCCCCUUUGCUGUAUGGGGAAUAGACAUCAUGGGACCCUUUCCCCGGGCUAAAGGAGACCUCAGAUACUUGCUAGUCUCCAUCGACUAUAUGACCAAGUGGGUCGAAGCUAAAGCAAUGCGGACAAUCAAUCAGCAAGAUGUCAUCCGAUUCAUGGAUAACAUUCUGAUGAGAUUCGGGCUACCAAGGGUCCUGGUCUCAGACAACGGACCCCAGUUCAUAGGUUCGGACUUCGAAAGCUACCUGGCUGAAAGAGGCAUCAAGCACAAGAAGUCUUCAGUCGCCUACCCUCAAGGGAAUGGCCAGGUCGAGGUUACCAACCGGAUCCUUCUAAGAGGAAUUGAGAAGAGGUUGGAAGAAAGCAAGAGCAAGUGGCCAGAAGAACUACCACAUGUUCUCUGGUCAUACCGAACCAGUCCCCGGACAAGCACCGGAGAAACCCCAUUCAAGUUAGCUUAUGGAACCGAGGCAAUGCUCCCAAUCGAGGUCGGGUCACCCUCCCACAGAACAAUCAACUUUGAUGAAAUUGCGAACGAGGAGGGGCUCCGGGUCAACCUGGACUUGGUAGAUGAAGUACGAGAUCAGGCAAUUGCACGAAUGGAAAAAUACAAGGAAAGGACCCGGGAUCAUUUCAGCAAAAAGUCCCGGGUUAGAAAUUUUCAAGCAGGAGACCUGGUCCUACGGGACACCGAAGCCUCUGAUCCAACCAACACUGGCAAGUUGAUGCCUAAGUGGGAAGGCCCAUACAAGGUGAAAGAAGUCCUAAGACCGGGCACCUACAAAUUAGAGCAUAUGGACGGGUCUGAAGUGUCUAACACCUGGCACGGACUCAGGUUAAGGAAAUUCUACCAGUAGAAUGAGAAAGAAGGACAAGGAUCCUAGAAGACAGCUACAUAUCCCUAAAAACAAUCAUGUACUUUUGAUCGUUCUCAAAGCUGUGUAAUAGUUUUAAAUAUCAAUGAAGUCUUUUGCUGCCAAUGAAUCUGUGUUAUUAUUUACUUAGAAAAUUUCUAAGGCAACCAAGCAAUAUCAACAACCAACCCGGGAAGGAUCUACCCGGGCCCAUCCAUGCAAUCAUCUAACUUGGAAAAUUUCUAAGUAUAAAAGCAAACAAAAGCACCCAACCCGAGCAAAGGUUGCCCGGAUCCAUCUGUUCAUUCACUUGGAAAAUUUUCUAAGUACAAACUUAUUAAAGCAAUCAACCCGGGUAGACGUUGCCCGGGUCCAUCCAUUUCAUUUACUUUGAAAUAUUUUCUAAGUACAAACGUAUUAAAGCAAUCAACCCGGGUAGAAGUUGCCCGGGUCCAUCCAUUUCAUUCACUUGGGAAAAUUUUCAGUAAGAAACUAUCCUAAGCAAUCACAAGAAUGGAAAUAUACAAAGCAGACAAAAGCAUUUACAAGCAAGUACGAUAUCCGAUAGAAAGCAAUAAAAACAACCAUCCGCAACCCCGGGCCUACAUUGACCCCGGAUAAACAUCCAAAUCCAACAAAAGCAAAUUCAGAAUUACAAAAGAUCGUUUUAGAGAACAUGAUCAGAAUCGAAGAAGACAAAGACUAAUUAAGCAGGAGGAUCAUCAGCAGGGGGAUCAGUGACAGGAAUCUCUUCGUCCAAGGGUUCAGAUUCAGAAGAAGAAUCCGAGUCCACAUCCUGACCCGGGGCGACAUAAGGUUCAGGCUCCCCUCCACCGGCGGCAAUCUUGUUCUUGGCAGCAAUAUAGAGUUCAGUAAAGCUCUGAGCAUUGGCACCCGGGUCGGUUUUAAUAUGCUUCUCGGCCACAGUCCAGCAGCGCAUGACUUCAGCGGCUGCAGCCUUUGCUAGAGCAUCUGCAUAGGCCCGGGACUUCUGGAACUCGGCUACGACUUUCUCCGGAGCUUUCCGGGUCUCCAAUUCCUUCUUCAAGUCAGCCACUUCUUUCUCCAACCCGGAUGCCUUUUUCUCCGCAUCAUCAGCCCGGGCCUCAACAUCCUUGAUCUUCUGAGCUAACUCGGAUUCCUUCCGGAUCUCAGCUUCCUUAAUCUUGGAACUAACGCUAGCCUCCAAAGCCUCCCGAGCCGAUCUCUCACGAUCUAGAUCCUUGUCCAGCUUCCUGACCCGGGCAAGAGUCUCAGCAGAAAAUUCCCUUUCCUUCUUCAGGCUGUUCAGAGCAUGGGUGUUGAACCCGGCCAACCGACCACCAAGCUGACAAAGAAACAUUAAAACUCGAUCAGCAAAACCAGAAUCAUAAAGCAAGGAAAACAAAGUAAGAAACAAAAGAAGAUCGAUUCCGGGUUAGAAAACCACCUGACCCCACAGGUCCCCUAUGUCUUUGAAAUUCUCUUCAAGACCCUGGUCCUCCAUCACCUCCCAAUCCUGGUCAGACGGGAGCUCCGCCAUCAACCCGAUCACCUUCUUGACCGGGUAUUUCCCAAACUUGUGCGCCGGUCGGGAACCACCCUCGACGUCCACAACCUCCAUCGCAGAUUUAGCCGGAUCUUCGUCCGUCAUAUCAAUCACUUGCUUCUGAGAAGAAGCAGUCUUCGUCUUCUUCCUCUUUGGCUCCAGGACCGGACUCUCCACCUCGAGGGCUUCAGAACCCAACUCCGGAUCCCUCGCCUGCAGUUCUGGAUCAGGGGGUGCACUCGAGUUACC